CCAUUCAAGGGCCAUACCAACGACAUCACCACAGUUGCAUACUCGCCCGACGGGGCGUUCAUAGCUACGGGCUCAAGGGACCAGACGAUACGGAUAUGGGAGGCGGAGACAGGUCGUCAAGUAGGGGAGCCGUUGGAAGGGCACGAGGGUUCGGUCGAUGCCAUCGCUUACUCUCCUGACGGUCAGCGUCUAGUCAGCGGCUCCAACGACGAGACCAUUGACUGGGUUCUAUCCGUGCAGUUCUCCCCUGACGGCGCGCUCCUGGCAAGCGGCGGCGUAGACAAUUUUAUCAAGCUUUGGAAUGCCUCUACAGGAGACUGCGUUGCGACACUGGAGCAUCCCAACAACGUGAACUCAGUUUCCUUCUCUCCCGAUAGCAAGUGUAUUGUGACUGCAUGUGAUGAUCGGGCCGUGCGCAUUUAUGACGUCGGUCAACAUCUGCUUGUUCGCGAGCUGACCGGACACCGAGGCUACAUUCAAUGCGUUCAAUACUCUCCAGAUAGCUCCCUCAUAGCCAGUGCUUCUAGUGAUCAUACUAUCCGGCUUUGGGACGCCUCGACAGGCAACCUUGCCAAAGCGCCUCUCCGCGGCCACAGACACUACGUCUCUGGCUUAUCAUUCUCUCGUGAUGGGCAGCAGCUGGUCAGCUCAUCCGAGGACGAGUCCGUUCGAGUGUGGAAUGUCGCAUCUGGAGAAUCUAAGAUAACCAGAAUGAAAGCCUAUAAUGUGAUCCGAGCCGUAGCCUGGUUCUCCGAUGGAAAGCACUUUGCAAGUGCAGGAGACGAUCUUGCUAUAAGGAUCUGGGAUACCCAGACAGGCCAAGAGUCCGUAGCCCCUCUCGUGUGGCAUAGUAAGGGAGUCAACGGGAUUGAUAUUUCGAAGAAUGAUGGUCUUCUGGCUAGCGGAGGAAGUGACGCCCUCGUCUGCAUCUGGGACCUCAAAACCCACGACCUUGCCUUGGAGCCUCUUUCUGGUCACGCCGGAUUUGUCUAUGCCGUCAAAUUCACUCCUGAUGAAACGCGCCUAGUCACAGGAGGAGACGACAAAACUAUCAUUGUAUGGAGCGUGCAGUCGGGUGCUUCGCUGCAUGUCAUUGAAGCACACAGCGGCGCCGUUUGGGCGCUUAGCAUCUCCCCCGACGGAUCUCAAAUAGCAAGUGGGGCUGAUGACAAGACUGUCCGCUUCUGGGACACCAGCUCGUAUGAGCCCAUUGGAGAGCCGUUCGAGCACGAGGGCAGCGUACAUUCGGUCUGCUUCUCACCCGACGGUUCUCAACUGCUCACUGGAUGUUGGAACAAAGCUGGCGCAUCUUUGUGGGAUAUCUCGCUCAGGAAGAAGAUACGCACCAUCAAACAUGAUGAAGACGUCAAUUGCGUACAGUUCUCGAUGGAUGGAUCCAAAUUCAUCAGUGCGUCUGAUGAUAGAAUCGCUCGUCUCUGGGAGGCCAGUACAGGAAAGCUUCUCCGGUCUCUCCGACAUGCAUACCGUGUCUUGGCGGCUGCGUCCUCGCCGGACGAUGCACUGGUACUAACCGGAGACCGUGUUGGUGAUUUACGCUUAUGGGACGCGAACACAGGGAAACUUAUUCUUCCGAAGGUGGGUGUAACAAUUCAUGCUUCGUGUCACACGUGCAUUUAG